AUGCACGAGGAACUUGAGAAACAAGUACGGAGCUAUGCUCCUGUAUCCUGGACACAAGACGGGUCGUUAAAAGGCAUCUCGUCGAGGAGACUCCCACUCAGAGAAUCCCCGGCUACGGCGCCCAAGACUUUCCACGAAUUUGAUUAUCAGAGAUUCAUCAACAAGAAACGAGAAACGAUAUCAAUUUCAAUCGUACCAGCUUUUGGGACGUUGCCGUUCGAGCUGCAGCCUGCAUCUUCUUUACAAGGGGAGGAGACUGGGAAGCGCUACCGUUACAAACCCCUUGCAAAGGACGAGAUAAGGCUACUGGAGAUUCAACCGGGUCCGGCUGGCCCCAUAACUGUCUCCAUAAGCCACGCAUCUCUCCGGAACCCCCCGAAAUAUCGUGCCCUAUCUUAUGUUUGGGGUGACGCAACACGACAAAUGCCUGUGGAGUGCACCAAUGGCCAAAAGGUUUGGGUCACUGAGAACUGCUAUGCAGCCCUAAAGAGACUUCGCCUUUCUGAUAAGAGCGUUACUUUCUGGAUUGAUGCCAUCUGCAUUAAUCAGAGGGACACGCCUGAACGAAACAGUCAAGUACAAAUCAUGGCCACAAUCUACCGGAAGGCGCAGGGAAUUACCAUCUACCUUGGAGAGGAAGAUCAAGAAGGUAGCCUGGCCAUGGAGACACUGGAAAAAGCGACCUUCUCGCCGACCUGUACCAUAAGAGCCAAAAGCACCGAUCCUGCGAGAUCUCAAGACCCCGAUGUGGUGGCCUUGAGAAACUUGUUUGCGAGGCCAUGGUUUAGACGGGUCUGGGUUCUUCAAGAGGUC